AAUCGGCUUGUCUAUGUUUAACAGCACCAAUCUGACCUCUGUGAACAGUCUGACUAUGGCAUACCAAGGCAUCACAGCAAUAGGACCGCAGACCUUCGAUAAGUUUCAAAACCUCAAAACUCUAAAUUUGGACAAUAAUCAUCUCUCCCAAGUCUCGUCAGACUGGUUCAGCCAUCAGGUUACACUUGAGACACUCAGACUCUCAAAUAAUAAAAUCACUACGCUGGAUCAUAAUUCUCUUGAUGGGCUGUCAAACCUGCUCAACCUAGACUUGUCUCAGAACCAGAUUCACACUAUAACCCCAAGCAGUCUUCUCGGUCUCAGUAAACUGAGGCAGUUAGGCCUUUCCAACAACAAACUGACACAUUUGAGUAUGGAUGUGCUUCUUGCACUUAACGGCACAAAGAUCCAUUUGGAUGGAAAUCCUUGGGACUGCUCCUGCUCUGUGAAUGACUUUGCCAAAUACCUGAGAGGUCUGCAGAAUGCUUCUCUUCUGGAGAACAAGAUGCUGGUGUGCUGUAAUAGCCCUCCUCAUUUGAAAGGUAUCCCAGUAUGGCAGGUACCAGAAUGUAAAACCCUCACAACUAUGAGCCCUACCACUACAAGUCUUACCACUGUGAGCCUGACCACUGGAAGUCCUGGCACCGGGAACCCUGCCACUGUAUUAAUAACCAAACCUCUUAGAAUCGGACCCUCAACUUUAAUCAUUUUAAUUGUGGUACUGUGUGCCCUGGUGCUUGUCAUCUGUGUCCUUUCAGUAUUGUAUCACAGGAAACGAGAGAGAAAACAUCUACAGGCUGUAAAACCGGCUUCAGAGAAAUCAGAAAUGAUACGAACCAGUGAAUCAACUGCAAAGAGCAAUGGAGAAGAAAACAGAAAAAUGACAUCUGAAAUUGCUAAUAAAACACAAAUUGCCACAACAGAGGUGUUACUGAGGACAAACCAAAUUAUGGUUGGAGAUGAGAAGACAUCACAGAUUUACCAUAUUUAUUCAUCAGGGACAUAUGAAACCAGAGAACCUAUUAAACGAGUGAGAUCUGCCGGGCCGGUCCUGUGCAGGAUGGAGAUGUUUUCUAAACCGACAGAAGCAGAAGUGGCCACUGAAGAAGAUGGGGUAAGGAAUGAUGAGUAUUACAAUGGAUGGAUGACCUCAGAAAAAGAAAAGGACAAUGUAUGUGUGAAUACUGAGGAGGUGGAAGAUGGAAAAAACUUUGCAGAUGAUGAGAAUGAUGGAUUCAUUGAUGAGGUCAGUAACACCACAGACACUGUGAAAUUACACAAGGAACUUGGAGAGAAAAAAGAUGCUGAUGUGAGUGUUCAAGCCGGAACAAGUGUUGACCAAGACGUUCUCCAGCAUAGUGUGGAGAAUGAUGUGUUGGAUCACCUGAAUGAGUUGACCGUUGAAGCAGGAAGCAGUCAAGAUUCUCUCCAGGUAAAACAUGUCACAUCCCAGUCUGAGGAGACUGCUGAAAACCUGCCGUACCUCUCGAUCGGUGCUGAUCCGGAAAACCAGACCUCUAGGGUUGAUCAGAAUACUGCUAAAGGAACAUCAGGACCUUCAAGACCCAUUUGGCGGGUACUGACCUGGCCUCCGACUGCGGCCCAGUGGAAGAAACAGUGGGCUCAAAAUCAACAAGUGCUUAAUAUGUUCCCUCAACUAAUAUUUGUAACCGGCUGCAGGCAUGACAUCAGACCAUUUCAUCCUAGCAUUUCUCCUGCAAUCCUCCCAACUGCUCCACAGUUCAAUGCACGGGAGUUUCUGCCAGAAAUAACGUCCCCAAUAGAAGAUGUCCGAGUCACUAUUGAUGAGGACACUUACAGGGCAAGUCUUGAGUCAUCCAAUCAUAAAGUCCUACAUUUCAGUGCACAGGAAUGCUUCUCUGAUUCUAAUAUAUCACCAAGGGAGGAUGGCAGAAUUCAUACAAAUGGGGAAACUUGGAGGUCAGGUCUCGAGUCGACCAUCUUUUCCGAUUUUCGAGACUUGUCCUCCAAGAACUCCCAAAUUGAUGAAAGUGAGGUCUGCUCUGAAUUGUUCAGCAUUUGUAAUCCAUCAUUUGGUGGCAGCAAGUCAAAGCCUGCUGCUGGAGAGGAGAUAAACAACAAAGAUGAUAAGAAAAUACAGAGCAUGAAAAGAAAGACGCACAGAGUUCACCAAAGUGAGCAGGUUGCAUCAGAAUUGCAGAAGCAGUCCAGGAGAGUGGAGAAAGCUGCACGGAGAGCUCACAGAGACCGAGGGCAGGGGCAGAUGUGUGACGGCUCUGACUCAAGAGCGCCCCCUUCGGGAGGUUCUCCAAAAGAUGACAGCCUGUUGCUGGGGAAUGAGUAUACCUUUAUAGACCUGCUACAUGAGGUGGUGGAAAAUCAUGGGCGCUGGACUCGAGAAAGGUGGAGAGAGACACAAAAAAACAAACACAAGCUCAAACAGAAUCAUUAG